UAUCUCAACGACCAACGCAAAUACAAUCGACGGUGUUAUCAGUUGUAAAUUACGGUGGCACACCUUUUACAGAUAAAAUAGUCCAACUAUAUGUUCUUCCUUGUUUAAAUCGCCAUUUUGCAAUUGCAGACGACAAAGAAUGUAUAGGGAAGAGUUCACACGACGAUGGAACGAAGAAAAUGGUCAAGGGAGCCUAGAUGAUCGGUCUCCAUAUCAAUAUGGUAGAAAUGAAAAUUCUUGGCGAGAUCAUAGAACAGAACAAUAUAAUGGACGUCCCUUAGGAAAUAACUACCUUGCAAAUGGCAUCCCAUUACCCGUUCAGAGUGAAAGUGGACUGCAUGGACCAGCAGUGCGACGAACAAACCCACUAUAUAGCGACAACGAGGAAACCAGAUUCAUGGGACCGGACUAUGACAGAAGAAGUAUCGCUGCAACGGAAAAUCUAGGUCAAGAUAAUCAUGGAUAUUCUGCUUACAAUGGUAGAAGAUAUGAAAGACGACCAUAUGACCAGAGAUCAGCAGUUGUAGAAUCAAGGAGUGGACCUGGUAUGCAGAUAUACAGAGGGAGGGGAGUUCUAUCGGAACCAGGUACCAGACAGUCAAGCAAUUGGGAAAUACCGAGAGCCGUUGAAAGUGGUAGUAUUGACGAUAUAUACCGAAGUUCAAGACAACCUAGAUCUGUUGCAAAUAGUGUUGUAGACUAUGGCAAUGUUCCGUCUUGGCACAGCCACAGAUCCAUUGAACAUGUUUAUACGGACCCGCAUAAAAGCAGGCGUGGUUCCGAUGAGAGUAUGAACAACUCAAAGAAGAAGACAGAAAUGUCAACCGGCACAUUCGUUACGAUUCGUAUAUUAGUGAUUUUUUUCGUUAUAUGGGAUCUAGUCAAUGAUUGGUUGCUUGCAAGUUCUGGACCAAUUCAGUUCCUUGGAACAUCAGGUGAUGCUGCCCAUCAAAAGUGUGAACCGAAUAUCAAAGUUGUUAACAAAACAUUUAAGCUCGAUAUAUUAGAAAUCGAUAUAUCGAUGUGUAGUAACACGAAUGAUGUUUGGACACUGGCGGCUGUAUUUUCUCUCCUUGGAUCACUUCUGUCAAUUUUGCAAGUAAUUAAUAUUGUUAUGGAAAUCAUUAAAAAGAGAAAACCAAACUUCUUCCAAAUUUUGCAAGGUCAUAGUGAGAUAUGUUUUGUAAUGUUUUUCGAAGAACUUCCGCAAAACAUUCUAUUUACUAUUUACUUUUUCAUGUGUGAUUGUGAUCAGCUAGAGCCUCAUGUGCAUCUCUAUGCGUUGUUGGCCUCUAUUAGCGCAUGUAUAGCGAUGACGCUUCGAUUUGUGACGAGUUUUGACACAAUUGGAGGAGAAGACGGAUGUUUCAAUAUGUGCUGGCGCUGCUGUUGUUGCCGAAACAAGAACUAUUUUUGCAAGAUACAACCUAAAGAAUGCUGCUGCAUGUGCGAUAUGCCAUGUCCUCUCUGUUGUUGUACACUUGAGUGUAAAAUGUGUAGAUAUACUCCUAAAACUUGGUGUGCAUCCUUGCUUAAAGCAUUUUCUUGUGAUUGUAGUUGUUGCAAAGAAGAAAACGAUUCAUACGGCAUAAGACUCAUGAACAAUUUUUCAAUUCUUAUUUUAUGGCUAUGUAUGGCUUUUCAGAUUGUUAUCUUUUAUAGUAUGGUCAGUUUUGAAUCUACGACUCCUACUAAAUCACCAAAUUAACAAACUGCUAGACUAUUUGAACGGAGAAUAAUACCAUAAUUUCUACUUAUUUUAUUUACUUCAAAUGAUUAGUAUGGUUUCCAUAGAAACUUUGAUUUCGCUCUCUUCAUGGAGGCUUGGUAGAUUUCUCAGAAACACUCACAGAGUUGCUUUGUGCCUAUCAGUUCAAAAGUAAACACUGACUCUGCAAGUUACGACUCACGUAAAUUGCUUAUAUUAUUUAAAAGAGUAGAUUAUGUUUAUAUCUACAUCAAAAUUAUUUCUUGUAACUGCUUCGACAGAACGGAUUUUGAUGUAUGUAGGGAUAUAGACCGUUUCGUUUGUUACUGUUCAUUUAACAAAAAAAACUGGUACUUAAAAAGUAAAUCCGCCUUUUUGUUAUAAUUUCCAUAGUGCAUUACAUAAUUCAUAGAUACUGUUUAGAGAUUUAGUAAAAUGUUAUUUUUUUUCUCAGUGUUUAUUAACAUUAAAACAUUGGAUCUAUUA